UUUCUCUUCCGACAAAAGAAAAGUAAAAAAAAAGACUAACAGAAAGAAAAAUCUGUUUCUCCUCUCCGGAGAUGUCGGAGACUAGCAACUCGAGCAGAUCGUUGAUCCCGAGCUUCCUCUACUCUUCCGAUCAACGUCUGUUUCAGUCGUCGGAGCCAGAAACGAACAUGACGCGGCUCAAAUCAUCAUGGCCACUGAUUUCUACGGAUCUAUCUUCAGUCUCAUCGAACGGUCCAAGUUUAACAAUUCCGGCGCCGAACGAGAAAGUAGAAAUGUACUCUCCGGCGUAUUACGCGGCGUGCACGGUCGGCGGGAUGCUGAGCUGUGGCGUCACUCACACGGCGGUUACGCCGCUCGAUGUCCUCAAAUGCAAUAUGCAGAUUGAUCCAUCAAAGUACAAGAACAUAACUUCUGCUUUCAAGACAACGAUCAAAGAACAAGGGAUCAAGGGUUUCACUAGAGGCUGGUCACCCACACUUAUCGGGUACAGUGCACAAGGAGCGUUUAAAUACGGUCUGUAUGAAUACGCCAAGAAAUACUACUCAGACAUCGUUGGACCAGAAUACGCAGCCAAAUACAAGACCCUGAUUUACCUCGCUGGCUCAGCCUCUGCGGAAAUCGUCGCUGAUGUGGCUCUCUGUCCAAUGGAAGCUGUCAAAGUCAGGGUCCAGACUCAGCCUGGUUUCGCCAGCGGUUUAUCUGAUGGUUUACCAAAGAUCAUUAGAUCAGAAGGCGUUCGCGGGUUAUUCAAAGGGCUUGUUCCUCUCUGGGGACGCCAGAUUCCAUAUACGAUGAUGAAAUUUGCUACUUUUGAGAACACUGUGGAGCUCAUAUACAAGAAGGUGAUUCCUACACCAAAGGAAGAGUGCUCCGAGCCAGUUCAGCUCGGUGUUAGCUUUGCCGGUGGAUACAUUGCUGGAAUUUUCUGCGCUGUUAUCUCACAUCCUGCAGAUAACUUGGUCUCUUUUCUCAAUAACUCUAAAGGAGCAACUGUUGCUGAUGCAGUAAGUAGGUUAGGGUUAUGGGGUCUGCUUACCCGUGGCCUUCCUCUCCGUAUUUUCAUGAUCGGAACACUCACUGGAGCCCAAUGGGUUAUCUAUGACGCUGUCAAAGUUUUAGCUGGAUUGCCAACCACAGGUGGUGCUUCUCCAGCUACUGCACUUGCUCCAGCUGUAAGUGCAUAAGAUUACAAGGACUUUCCCCACGGAGACGUUACACUAGAGCAAUAAAAGGGAAAAGAAAACUCCCAAUGGUAUUAUUCUUAUUUUGUUUCUACCUUGUAAUAUAAAAUAGUGUUCUCUACAUCUAGCUGUUCUGUUCUACAUAUGAAAGUCAUUGACUCGAUAGUAGUAAACGUAAAUUUUCUUUUGCU